UUUGAAUUCAUCCAUUCCCAAUCCCUUGGUUUUGUAUUCUAAAUAGUAUUUGGACAACUUAAACAUUUCUUUUGAGUCUUUUCUGUCAUAUUAUGGCAUCCUAGAAGUUGGGUUCUAAUAGUAUAGAUUAUUCAGAGGACAUGGAUGACUUUGAUCAAUUCAGAGAACAGCCGAAGUCGAUUGGCAGCAAUAAAAGAUCUGGAAGAGGAAAGCCUGCCUCAAAUAUGUAUUCUGAGAACUUCAAUGAGUUCAACAAUAGACACUACAAAUAACAAAAAUGCUAACCAGGAAGAUAGUGAACUUGAUAGCGAUAAUAGAAACCAUGCUGACAAGUACUCAGAUCAAUUUUCAGAAGGCAAAGAUCACUUACGUCCUAAUGGCCCUAGCAGUCAAAACUCAGAGCCAGAUGAUUCUAGUGGAAGGAAAGAGAAGAUUAUAGGUCUUGGAGAUACUGAUAGCAGUGAUCUGUCAGAUGGACCACAAAGAGUUGAGCAACCACAAAGAAAUGACUACCAAAAUUAUUCAGAGGAUUAUUCAGAUGACUAUCAAAGUAAUCCUCAGAUGAUGAAAAAGCCAAUUGAUUCUGAUGGCCAAGACUCUGCAGGCUUUGGGCAAGGAUAUAUAGAUUCUCAACAACAUAGAGAAAUCUUUGAAGAUGAUGGGAAUGAUGGGUUUCAGCAAUAUUCAUCAAACAAUGAAAAUAGGAUGAACCAAGCUCAAGAUUCAGAAAGGUUCGAUAAAGAUUCAGAGGGUUAUUCUAUGGACCAUCACCAAAACCAGAUCGACGAACAAGAGGAUUAUAAGUACCAUAAGCAAUCUUCUCAAGAAAAUAUCAGAGACAUUGGAGAUUUAAUGAAACUUGACCAGGAAAGUCAACCUCCUGAGGAUUCAGAAUAUUCAGAGGAAGGGCAAGGUAUUAAGUUUAUUCAAGACAACAAUCAGCAAAAUUACAGUCAACCUGAUUCAGAUAAUUAUACCAGUGAGGCUGAUGAAAAUGAGCAAAAUGGAAUCCAGUUUAUCGAAGAUAAUAAGAAUUAUAAUAUGAAUGGUGCCAUUCAAGGCCUCUCUGAAUCUGAAGGGCAUCCAGAUGAUCAAUCUGAUAAGGCUGAUGAAAAAUCUGAAGGCGGGUUAGGAAAUAUCCAUGGAAUUAGCGAUCUUCCCUCUUCUAAUAAAUCUUCUAAAAAUGUGAAAGAGUCUUCAGAGAGUCAAAAGUCUAGUGAUAGUGCUAAGCCAGGUUAUGCUAAGAAAUUUACAGGCAAAAUAAUGGGGCUUGAUAGUGAUGAAGAUGAUUCUGACCAGAAGCCUCCUAAAUCUUCAGUUUUAGAGGAGGAUAACCCUCCUCCUCCCGAUUCUGAUGCAAAAUAUUCUGAUGAAUACUUUGACCAAGAUGAAGAUUAUCUUGAGCCAGAGAAUAAAGACUAUGUUCAAGAACUUCCAGAGAGGUCAGACCUUGAGCCUCAAUCAGAGGAAAACUAUGAAGAAGAUGAUUUCAUCAAUGAAGAAGCCCUUGGCAUCGAAGUUAUUGAAGAUGAGGAGGAUGAUGAUGACUAUUCAGAUGAUAACUUUGAGAAAGCUCUUGAAGAUGCAGAGCCUAUUAAGAGGAGUACAGCCAGUGCUUCAAAUCGUCCCUUUUCGAAAAAAUAUAUAAAUACUCCUGGUAGUAGCCGUAAUUUAGACAGCUCAAAGAUCGAUUUGAAGUACAAAAUUCAAGAGUCAAAGGAAUUUGAGGAAGAAAGUCCCAGAGAAUUAAUCGAUGAAAAGAAAAUCACAGAAGACCCUCUUCAAGAGAACAUCAAAGAUACUCUUCAGCCUAGCGAAGAGGUUAAAAAUACAAUUGAGGUAAUCAAAAAAGAGAAGAAAAAGAAGAAACCUAAAGAAAAAUCUCAGAAAGUUAGCACAAUUGAGAAGCAAGUAGUUGAUGAGAAACCUACAAAAGAAUUAAAGAAAUCUCCUCUAAAGAGUAAACCAAAGGAGCCUAAGAUAUCAAAGGAUGAGGCACCCAAAGUUGAAAAGAAGAAAGUUAAAGACAAAAUUCCAAAGGUGAGGAAUUCUAUGCAAGGGAAGUUAAAAGCAAGUCCAAAGUUGAAGAAUAAACCAAAAGCAUUGGUCAACAAGAAAGCAUCUCCAGAGAGCACGAGGCUUAAGGAGCAAAGGAAGAAGAGUUUAAUGACUCAUAUUGUCAAACCAAAGAGAAGAAGGAUUCUUAAAGUGAAGAGUUCAGAUAAAACAAGGAAGAGAAAGUCUCCUCAGAAUUUUGAAGUUGCUCAGACUGAUAACCAGCCAGAUUCUCCUAGUGAGAGUGGAAGUAGUAUUAAUUCACAGAAGAACAAGUCUAAUCUUGAUCAGCUUAAGAAGGAUCUUGACGAAGAAUCUGGCAAGAAGGGUUUUUUGAUAAGAAUGAACAUUGAAAGCAAAAAUCUCAAGAAGAUUGAUAAAGAAUGAAUAACACAUGGCUUUAGAUUCAGACCUUCUAAUAAAAUAAACAGAAAAUCAUCCCAGAAAAUUGGGAAAUCUAGUAAAAGAAAUACUCAAAAGCAUGGUCUGUAUAACAGGAACAGAGGGCUAUUGAAGGCAUCAAAUAGAGGACACAGUUCUCUCAAUAGGAACCACUGAGGAAUUAGGAAGAAUAAAAUGGCUAAGAAUAAAGGAAGAAUGCUUAUAUCUAGAGCUAAAGAUAGAGAUCAGACAGAUAAGAAAUUUUUAGCUCUUAGUCAACAGAUCGUUGCAUCUGAUCAGGAGGAAAGAGUGAAUACGGAAGGGAUUCCAACAAUUCCUGCAGAUAGCUAUCAGAAUAGGCCUUUUACAACUGCAUAUGGCCAAAGGACUCUAAAUAGUGCUCAUCCAAACAAUUACUCAAAUGGGAGAUUGAUGACUAGGCAGCAGAAGUUUAGAAAUAAGCGAAGCCCCCACUCUAUUGAAAAAGGGAGGUUCCGUGGAGCCCAGAAGAUGAACCGUUCUGACCGUCUCGCCUCCUUAGAUACCUUUAAAACUAAGAAAUACUCAUCUAACCAAGCUGUGUAUCGGGAGAAUGAUGUUAGAGGACUUAAAAUUGCAGACUACUUUAAAGGGAUGAACAGACUGAAUAGGUAUGUGAUUAAAUCAAAAGAAAGGUUCCGCCGGGCCCAUCAUCAAGGGUUUUAUAAGAAAAAGAAUACUCUUAUUAGUUCAUACAAAUAAGUCUUUAUUGAACGUCAGAGAAAUUUUUGAUUUUGUGCAAAGACAAGCACAAAACAUACAGGUUGAAGAUGCUGAUACAGAAGCAAUAGUGGUUCAUGAAAAGAAUAAGAAAGAUGAUCACCUCAACGAAAAGGCAAAGUGGAAGAUCAUAAUGGACUAUAUGAAGAAGAAUCCAAAGACUCUAGUAGAUGCUCUUCCAGACCCUGAAGGAGAAGUCCACCAUACAAUGUACAUUCCUGCCUACGAACCAAUGCCAGAGCAGACCAAUUCUCCGGUGGAAAUGAACAUUGCGAAUAUUUCAGAAUUAGCCGGGCCUAAGUUUGGUAACUCUUCAGAAGCAAAUCUUUACCAGAACAAUGAGAAGGAUGCGUUGAGUCUGAACUCUCAGGACAGGAAGUCCUACGACCACAAGAUCGAUAACAUUCAUAUUGUGGCCAAGCAAAACAGACUCCAUGAUUAUGAAGCAGCUCAUGAGUAGGUACUAAAGUCGGCCUAUGAUAGUGCAA